CGCGCCCGGUCGCGCGGCGUGAGCUCCGCAGGGAUCGCGGCUCGGGAUGCUGCCCGCCAGCGCGGCCGCUCGCGCGCUGUCCGCCACCCCUGCCCUUGCCUCCUGGGCCGUGUCCCGCUGUUUACAUGCCGGUGAAGCUCUCGGCCACUCCGAGCCCCUCCGAGCCCUGUCUCCCCGAGGGUGAAGCCAGCCGGCCCGCGAACUGGACUGGUCGCUCAGACCUGGGCCCUCCGGACUCAGAUCCCGGUCUGUUCUGCUGCCUCCGCCACCAUCUGGGCGGGAUCCAGCUCUGGUGUUUUGAGGAGGGGGUGUGGUGUAGGGAAAGGAAUCCUGGGGAUUUCUGGCUCUCCCCUUUUUUGGGCCUUCGGGGCUUCAGACUCAGGGAACUCGCUCAUGGCUUUCUUGAUGAAGAAGAAGAAAUUCAAAUUCCAAACCACUUUCACCCUGGAGGAGCUGACGGCGGUCCCCUUCGUGAACGGGGUCCUCUUCUGCAAGGUCCGACUGCUGGAUGGCGGGGAUUUUGUCAGCUUAUCUUCACGGGAGGAGGUGCAGGAGAACUGCGUGCGGUGGCGGAAGAGGUUCACCUUCGUGUGUAAGAUGAGCGCCAACCCAGCCACCGGCCUGCUGGACCCCUGCACCUUCCGGGUGUCAGUUCGCAAGGAGCUGAAAGGUGGGAAAGCUUAUUCCAAGCUGGGUUUUGCUGACUUGAACCUGGCUGAGUUUGCAGGCUCAGGCUCCACGGUGCGCUGCUGCCUGCUGGAGGGGUAUGACACGAAGAACACUCGCCAGGACAACUCCAUCCUCAAGGUCACCAUUGGCAUGUUCCUGCUCUCUGGAGACCCGUGCUUCAAGACGCCGCCAUCCACUGCCAAGUCCAUCUCUGUCCCAGGCCAGGAUUCCUCGCUGCAGCUGACGUGUAAGGGUGGCGGGACCAGCAGCAGUGGUGGCAGCAGCACCAACUCCCUGACGGGGUCCCGGCCCCCCAAGGCCAGGCCCACCAUCCUCAGCUCAGGGGUGCCGGAAGAGACGGACCAGAACCUGUCCAGCCCUGAGGAGGUGUUCCACUCUGGCCACUCCCGCAACUCCAGCUACGCCAGCCAGCAGUCCAAGAUCUCUGGCUACAGCACGGAGCACUCACGGUCCUCCAGCCUCUCGGACUUGACCCACCGUCGCAACACGUCCACCAGCAGCAGUGCCUCUGGUGGCCUCAGCAUGACUGUGGAGGGCCCUGAGGGCGGCGAGCGUGAGCACCGGCCCCCCGAGAAGCCCCCGCGGCCCCCGCGGCCCCCGCACCUGUCCGACCGCUCAUUUCGGCGGAAGAAGGACUCUGUGGAGAGCCACCCGACGUGGGUAGAUGACACACGGAUUGACGCAGACGACAUCGUGGAGAAGAUUAUGCAGAGCCAGGACUUUACAGAUGGCAGCAACACUGAGGACAGCAACCUCCGGCUGUUCGUGAGCCGUGAUGGCUCCACCACGCUGAGUGGCAUCCAGCUGGCCAACAGGGUCUCCUCUGGGGUCUACGAGCCAGUUGUGAUUGAAACCCAUUGAGGAGCGAGUGUCCAGGCUGGAGAAGGGCCCUGCCUUCAAGGGUGUCCAGACCCACGUCAUUCCACGAGGGAUCUUCCCCUUUGGAUCACCAUCCACGCCACGUCUCAUCUGUGCCUCCUCCAUGCACUCCAGCCCCUCUCCUGCCUCAAAGCAUCAUUCCAUUGUCCCCCCAUCUGUGCUGGGACCCUCCUGGCCCGGUGGGGCCCGGGCGCCACUGUGAAUAUUCUCUCUGAACCACUAAAGGGCAGGACACACAGGCCCAUGAAGUAGGUGGGCAAGACAAAGAUGGCCAGGAUGCCCCGCUGGAUACCGACAUGCCCCCUGGAUGAGGACAUGCAGCGGCUCCUACACAGGGCUGCUUGUGGCCGAGGGGCCUCUUGCCAUGUGUCCCUGCUUGCUCCAGGAGCAUCCGCUCAGCCAUGUCCUGGCCGGGCUUUGUUCCAUGGCCCCCUUGCCCUGGGGGCGAGGGGGGGGCACUUCAUCUCCAGAAUCCUGCCACCGUGGCCCUCUGCUUAGUGCUUCAGCUAUCCCUUCCCUGUGCCCUGGGGGUGCCGCUGGCGGCCUCCUCCUGGAAGCCAAGUCCUCAGACCCCACCUACAUUCUAGACUGAGACCCCGCCCCCAACGAAUGUUCUCCUGCUGCCCUGGCAGCCUGCACUUUGCACACGCUUGUCUUUAGCACAGCCCCGCUGGCCCUCGCCUGCCCUUCCUCUGAUCCCUUCCCAGGGGUUCCUGGGUGCUGCCUGCUGUGCAGUCAGCGGCCCAGCUUUAGCAGCCCGGCUGGAACGGGGCACUGCCUCUCCUCCCUCCCGUCAGCUCCAGCUCAGGCCUGAGACCCGUGCCGAGAAGGUUCCCUCUGCCCAGGGCUGGGUCUCGAGCAGCUGGUUUCCUGUAGGAAGCCUGGAAGGAGCCUCCCAAGCCCGUGGAGGUCGGGGGCCUGACCGUGCUGGGCAAGCACUGCCCCAUUUUUCCCCUCAGGGUCAGCUGGCCCUGGCCUGGGACCAGUGCUAGAGGGGCAGGUGGGCUGUGACCGGACUGGCUGGAGCUGGCUUCCUGGCCAGAAAAGCCUCAGCCCUCCUCUGAAAGCACCCCUCUCUUUGGGCAAGGGAGAGGCAGGCCCUUUAAGGGGGGCUUUUCCAGCAGGGAGCAGUCUGGCUCUGCCCCUGCGCCUUGCUAACGCCUCUGCUCUGAGCACUUUCCUCCCGGUCCUCGUUAUUUGCUUGAAGGUGGGUUCUGGCUGCCAGCCAGCCUCUGGACAGACUCCCCUGCCACUCUUAAUUUCACUCAUCUUUGUAUAAACCCAGCAGGCUGGUGUUUACUUGGCCCUAUACUUUUUUUUUCCUUUCCUCUUUUUUUCUUUAUUUCUUUUUCUUUUUUUUUUUUUUAGGGUUCACAGUUUGAUAUUUUCUCCUCCCCCAGGUGAGGGGAGGUGGUUCUGUUCUCUGCCCUACCCGCUGGCUGGGUCCCAGCAGGGCUGGGGAUCUGGAUGGAGAGCCAGGAUACGGGUUCUCUCUCUCGUAGGGGUUAGGGUGGAGGUGCCCUCCCCAGGGUGGGAAGGGUCCUUUCUGCCCAGCUGACAAGAGUUGGAGUCAUGGUCUUGGAGCCUCCUGGCAUUGGAGUCAGAGCAUUUCUAGGAUUUUGUGGUGGUUGUUAUUGUUUUAAUCACCUAACUCUUUUAGAAAAUGAAUGUUAGAAGGUGCCUGCCGAGGCAGGAUGGAGCAUUUGCUCUGGCUGGAGAAGGCUCUGGUCAGCUCUGUGGGUCCCUUCCUGCCCCGUAGACACCUGGCACUUUAAAAGGGGACCAGCUGCACUGUCUCCAGAUGAAGUGGCCCCCAGAAGACGGGGCAGUGCCGCUCUUCCCUCUGUCUGCAUGACCUCAGCCCAGUGGGGAGGUGCAUUCAAGGUGUAUUUGGGGUCUGAUUCAAGUUCUGGGGCUUUAGGCAUAAAGCAGCUGGCUUUGGUGCUGUUGGGGAGACUCCCCCAAAACAGGAACCCCAGCCCCUCUCUAGGCGAGGUCUGAACUUGACAGUCACCCCAGAAGGAGACAGAGCCUGCCACAUUCUCCCAUGACAGGCCCUGGGCCGGGGUAAUUGGACAACUGAAAAUUCGGCCACAACCAAAUUGAUGGUGGCUGGAGCUGGAGUCCGGAAGCUCCGGCCUCAUCCCCAUAUGGGAGCUCUAUUCUUCGGCCCUCUGGUCCCUUCAAGCUCAGUGAAUUCGCACUAGGCACCCACAGCUCCUGGACUUAAAAAUUCUAUAUAUAUAGAGAGAGAUAGAAUAUAUUAGAGAUAUUUUUGGAAAGGAAUUGGUCUAUGCAAUGCCAGUUUGGAAUCUUCUUGGAAGACAGUUUUAACAUUUUUACUAGGAGAUUUAAAGAAAAUAAAUACAAUAUUUUUAGGUUAUUUUUUUCUAGUCACCCCACAAACUGACCAUAGGGCAUGAUCUGCCAGGAUGGAGAAUGUCUACGUUUUCCUCUCUUUAGGGAAGUGAGCAGGGAGAUGGGGGGGAAGAAAGGUCUUUUUUUUUUUUUAAUUCCCCUCUUAUCUAACAAUGUCGCCACCACCACACCCUAAUUCAAUGGGCUGUGUUUGUAUCCGUCCCAGCUUCUAUUGUAGAAAAUAACAUUGUAAAGGGAAAUCAGCCUAGUCAGUGUCUUGGUUUGGGGGACAAAAUUAAAUGUUGCAGUUUUUGUUUGUUAUGGCA